UAAACACAGAGAUUGCGGAGUCGAGGAGGUUAAGGGGACGGCACGAGAGGGAGGACGCGCCGUCCAUCACCAUGAAGCUCGUCGACCACGUGGUGAGGAGCUUCAAGGUGGCGAAGAUCUUCCGCGAGAACUCGGAUCGGAUAAACAGCAUCGACUUCUCGCCGAACGGCGACACCCUGAUCUCGUGCUCGGAGGACGAUCAGAUCGUGAUAUACGAUUGCGAGAAGGGGACUCAGGUGCGGACCGUCAACUCGAAGAAGUACGGGGUCGAUCUGAUACACUUCACCCACGCGAAGAACACCGCGAUCCACAGCAGCACCAAGGUCGACGACACGAUCCGUUAUCUCAGUCUGCACGAUAACAAGUACAUACGAUACUUUCCAGGUCAUUCGAAGAAGGUCGUGUCGCUGUGUAUCAGUCCGAUCGAGGAUACCUUCCUCUCCGGUUCCCUGGACAAGUCUCUGAGAUUAUGGGACCUGCGCUCGCCAAAUUGCCACGGGGUCAUGAACGUUUCAGGACGACCGGUCGCGGCUUACGAUCCUGAGGGUCUCAUCUUUGCGGCUGGUGUAAAUUCGGAGAGCAUCAAGCUCUACGAUUUACGUAGCUUCGACAAGGGACCCUUCGUCACCUUCAAACUGUCCCAGGAGAAGGAGUGUGAUUGGACAGGAUUAAAGUUCAGCAGGGACGGCAAGACCAUUCUGAUCUCUACCAAUGGUAGUACGAUUCGUUUAAUUGACGCUUUUCACGGUACGCCCUUACAGACUUUUGCCGGAUACCUGAACAACAAAGGAAUCGCCAUAGAGGCCAGUUUUAGUCCGGAUUCCCAAUUCGUGUUCAGCGGGUCUACGGAUGGUAGGGUGCACGUGUGGAACGCGGAGACUGGUUAUAAAGUUUGCGUGCUAAACGGUGAUCAUCCGGCGCCAGUGCAGUGUAUCCAGUUUAAUCCCAAAUACAUGAUGCUAGCAUCAGCGUGCACCAACAUGGCUUUCUGGUUACCUACUGUUGAUGAAAGUGCAUAAGACUAAUUAAUAAGUUUCAGGAACGAAAGAGUGAACGAGACGAAAGUCGCGGGAGACUAGCUGGAUCAUCUGCUCGCGCUUCGACAAGAUUCAUAUAGUGGAAUAUCGUACACCUUCCUCAUCUAUUGUCGUCGUCACCAUCGUCGUUUCUAUAUAACAACGUAUACUUCCUAUAUCAAAUUAGCGAUAUAGGAAGAUUGCCAAUUCCAUGGUCUUAUUACUAAAAAUUUCGAAUGUGUCUCGUGUAUGUAUAUAUAACUUCUUCUGGUGUACAUCACAUGUGUGCGUGUAAGAUUUAAUAGUACAGAACAAAAUUUAUUAAUUGUACACCGGAAGAGGUAAUUUUUGGAUUUUGCAUCCGUAUUUUGUAUCCGUUUUCAAGCAAUUAUCUUAAAUUACACGAUAUUGUCGACAAAAAUAAUCGCGUUUAUUGACGACGGCGCAACUGUUACAUUACACCAUCGUUACAACACUACAUUUUUUAUAACUCUGGUCUCGCGUACAUUGUCUCGGAAAUAGAAUGAUUAUAGAAUUGAUUUAAUUAAGAAUUGUAAAAGGGCGGUGUGUGAAUGAUUACCAAAUAGUCAUUCGAAACCUGUGAUUAAUUAAGCGAUUUUUCGGUUAAUCCGAUUCGCAUGGCCGUAUAUGGAAUCAGGCUGUUUUUCUACGCCGAUCAAAAUCAUAAAGAAAUAUCGUGACACAUAGAUGAGAGUGGUAUUAAUAGUAACUUUGAUUAGUUGUAAUCUUACGAUUAUAAUCGUAAGCCUUUGAUUCUAUUUUUUUAUCUUCCCUUCAUUAUCCAUGCGUUUAGCGUUGAUAAAAAAAACAUACGUAUAGAUAAUUCUAAAUAUAUCGAGAUAACAGUUAUAUUAUGUAAAAAUUUAGAAUCAUAUAGGACAUAUUUAGUCCUAAAUGGUGCGUAGAGUAUCAUCUUUUUAAGAGUCCAUGUAAAUGUAUGAUAAUUCGACUUCUCAAACAACAUCUUUCUCGCUUCUGUAUACGGCUAUGUUUAAUCGUUGUUUGUAUGUAGACUGUCGGUAAAAUACGCCCUGUAUACAUAUAUACACACAGCGAAAGCGAA